AUGCCUGGCAAAGUGGGUGUGAAAAUCAAGGCGGCACGCAAUUUGCCUGUCAUGGACAAGAGCAGUGAAACGACGGAUGCGUUUGUGGAAAUAAAGCUAGCCUCGGUGACCCACAAGACGGACGUGUUCCGCAAGAGCCUGAAUCCCACAUGGAACACAGACUGGUUUCGCUUCGAAGUGGAUGAUGCAGAACUGCAGGAUGAGCCCCUGCAGAUACGACUGAUGGACUACGACACGUAUUCGGCCAACGAUGCCAUUGGCAAGGUGAACAUUAGCUUGAAUCCCCUGUGCCUGGAGAGCUCUAGUCAGGCAGCGCACGGAAAGGGCACUGUCCUCUCCGGUUGGAUACCAGUCUUUGACACAAUGCACGGAAUACGUGGCGAGAUCAAUGUGAUAGUCAAGGUGGAUCUUUUCUCGGAUGUCAACAAGUUUCGUCAAAGCUCCUGCGGAAUCCCUUUCUUCCACUCCCAAUGUGUCCCUUUCGGGUAUCGCGCCCAGGUUAUACACGGUUUUGUCGAAGAGCUGGUGGUCAACGACGAUCCGGAGUAUCAAUGGAUUGACAAAAUACGCACACCACGCGCCUCUAACGAGGCCCGCCAAGUCGUCUUCUUGAAGCUUUCCGGCCAGGUGCAGCGUAAAAUGGGCCUGAAGGCCAUCAAUAUGGGGGCCAAUGCAGUGAUUGGCUAUACGCAAUGCUUUGACCUCGAGGGCGAUGUGGGUGUGGUGGCCCGCGGCGUGGGGACAGCCGUCACCCUGAUCAAGGACACCAGCAGCAGUCAGCCAAGUAGCGCAGAUGUCGUGCUAAUAGAGGAAGUGGCUCAAAAGUAUCUCGACUUUCUCAACUGUGCGGGGGCCAGCAGCUACAGUCUGCCGUUGUCCGGACGGUCGCCUCAAUAUCGUCUCAACAUAUUCCGGCAGCCCAGCUCGGUGUCCACUCCGGCCGCGGCAGCAGCAGCGGCAGCAACGUUGUUCUAUCUGGAAAGUGGCAGCAGUGACACGGAGGAUGCGGAUCUAAUGCAGAAUCUCAUCAGGCAGGAGGACGAGCGAGGCGAGCGGUGCCGGGAGAAGAAGCUCAGGCAUCGAAUGCACCGCCUGACCCUCUCCUCGCGCAACGUCUUCAGCGAGAAGUAUGCCACGCUGAUCAAGCGCAUCGAACCGAAGAUACCCGAGAAUGCCACCCAAUCGCUGAGCAGCAUCUUUGGCGACAGCGGAGGAGCAGCAACGGCCCCGCCCAGCUUUCGUCAGCGGCGUCGAAGGUCGCGCUUGCCUAUGGCCGCGCUGAAGGCCAGUCCCCCGAACAUUGUGCGCUCCAUAAGCAACGAUACGGGGGUGCGUCCUGGCCAUUUGGCAGCCAGCCAAAGCUUUCUGACUGUCCCGGGACUGACGGAGUUUCAGGAGAAUACGCGCUCAGCCCCCGAUCUGCCAGUGGAGCUGAAGAGCGGCCGCUCUUCCACGUACUCCACUGAUUCGGAAGAGUCAUUGCAAAUGGCCUUGUUGCCACCUGAUAGCAACGGGGAAGAGUCCCUGGAUGAAGAGAAUCUUCAGGACAACUGGAUUAGACCGGGAGAGACCCGCAGCUGCGAGAAUAGCCAGUCCGAUCUGGGACCCAAGCACCACAACUUGCUGGAGGACUUGAAGAGCUUCUCGCGACGCCUUCAGCAGUUGAUGCACAUGAAGCCGAAGAUUAGCGAGCUCGAGCUGAAGCCCAAGCAUCCAUCCUUCACGCUCUCCCUGGAACGGAAGCCGUACUACAGUUCACAUCCGGAACUGCCGACCUGCUGCAACGAUGAGGGUUGGCUGGGAUCCAGCCUGAAUACAUCCUCCUCCAUGCUGCAGUUGAAUCAUUUGCCCAGCUACGAGAAGAUCUUGCAGCGAAGUGUUUCAUUCAAUCAUUUAGCCACAGGCACUGAAGCAGCAGCACCUCCUGCACCGCCGAACACGUUGCUGCUGAAUGCACCAGAGCUGCGUGUUUGCCCCUCGACACCCACACCCCAGACACCCACAAAGUCCGAGCUACUAGUCCCCUCCUUUGAUUAUAAUAAUCCUUUUGUUAUUGGUGCCCAAUUAGAUCAUUCUGUAAAUAUCUCUAAUAGUACUAACCUUAGUAACAACAAUAAUGAAUCAUCAUUGCUUGCUCCAUUUGCCAUCAAACAACAACUACCACGACAACGACAACAACCUAGGUCCAGUACUGACAUCCAACAGCAGGCAGUUGCAGGAUCAGGAGCAGGUGCAGCCGCAGCUCAAGCCACACCACCACCAGGAACGCCAGCAAGUUGGCGCCUACCCUCGCCGGUGAACAGCAGUCGCCUUAAGAUGACGCCCAGUCCGUCCAAAAGUGGGAUAUCGGCUGCAACGAAUGCUGAUAGUGCUUCCACGUCGACCGCAUCGACGGCCACCACAAUGGUGCCGGCCACCGUUGGAGAGAUUUGUCGUCGUUCCUCCGACUCCGAUCUGAGUGUCACGCCCAAAGGAAACUCAAUUUGCGUGGCCAGCGAGCGUCUGGUGGCCGCCACGGCGAUGAUGCGUCUAACGCAGCCCGCUGUUGGGACCAAGGCAGGCACCGCGGCGGAUAGCCUGGAUAUGCUGGAGUAUCCGUUUCUGACCAUGACAAAAUACCCAACGGGCUUCAUCCUCCACCUGGGGGCGACGGUGGCGGCCAGUUCGGUCAAGCUGUUGGAGCGAGUGCCUAAUCCGGAUGAGCCGGAAGUGCGGGACAGCUGGUGGACGGAGCUGCGCAUGGAGAUCCGUUCGCAUGCCCGCUCCCUGGGCUGUAAUGUGGUCCUGGGCUAUGCUGAGACCACCACCAUAUCCGACGACGUCUGUGUUUUGUCUGCCACUGGAACUGCUGCCGUCAUCAACAUGGUGUUCAAUCGCUCGGUCUCGCAAACCGAUCUGUACGCCAUGGCGAAGGCGACGACGGGAAAUGCCAUGACGAAUUCCCUGGAGGAGCGCGAGGCAAAUGGCAGCAGCAGCGGGGAGCCGAGUGCUAGCAAGGACAACGGCUCGGUGGGCACCGGCAACAGUUCGGGGGGCAAGCGUUACGGCAUGCCACCGCUAAAUGGACCGCGCAACGCCUGCGCCAUCUGCCACAUACCCUACAACCUCAGUUCUGUGCCGUUCAAUGUGAAGAUGAAGAAGUGCGCCAUAUGCCGGAAGGGACGCGUGCCAGAUGUCCUGCUGGCAACGCUGGAGGUGCCCGAGUACAUGCAGGUCACGGGGCGCGGAUGCUUCAUGCAGGCCCAGGUGGUGCGCGCCAAACGGGAUCUCCGGGCCGAGCUGAAUGCUAAAGAGAUAUCCGAUGGUCUGCCAUUUCUCGAGUACGAACUGCAUCGCGUGCUGAUCAACAAGCUCAAGGCCAAGGGCAUGAAUGCCAUCUUCGGACUGCGCACCCAGGUGGCUAUUGGUGAGCGCAUGAUAGCGUUGAUAGCCACGGGCACGGCACUCUUCCUCACGGCCCUGCCGGUGCCACAGGUGCCGAAAAUUGUGGCCGGCAACUCGUGGACGGACAAACAGAAGCUGAAUGAGUUGCAGAAGAAAUUGCAGGAGACGUUCGAGCGCAAUCAGGAGAUCUAUCAGCUGAAGAGCAUGGACCCCGACUUGGCUGCAAAUACGGCAACGGCAACGGCAGCCGGAGCCUCUGGUGGCGCCGCUGGCGAUAAGCAGUCGGACACAGACGACUCGGACGAAGAGGAAAUGAACGAAAUCGAUUUGAAUUGCGGAAACAAAGAGCUCUGUGUCCUGGAGGUGGAUGAUAUAGAGGAUCUGGAGAUCAUAUCGCUGCUCAUGGAACCGUAUCCCCCAGAGGGCUUCCACGUGGUCAACACACAGCAGGUGCCGGGCAUGCUCGAAAUGGACACGGUAAAGAGUCUACAGAUGUUCACACAAGUGUGGCGGGCGCGUCUUGAGGUUGGGCAGAAUGUCAAUGGGUUCCCCAAGCACUUUCAGCGUCUGCUGCAGACCAUCUACUUCAAGUUGCGCACCAUGAUACCCUGUGCCAUCUGCGAUCUACGCUUCAGGCUGGAACUACCCGAGACGGAUCAAAUCCAACUUCUGGUCACUGGCAUGGCCAUGGGACUGAGCGAUGCCAACAAAAUGAAAUACCGUCGACGACCGGUGCAACAGCUUCAGCAGCAGAACGGCUUCCACGAGGCCGCCACAAUAGUGCACGCAGCUCAUUCGCAGCCAGAGCUGGCAAAUGGCAAACGAAUGCUGCAGGAAGAGGAUUACAUUUUCCCCCUGGACGAGGAUCAAAUGGUGGAUACACCGACACCGACCAGCACGGCCAUACCGCCGUUUGGCAUGAGCUCGUUCAAAGUGCGCAAAACAUCGCCUUCACGGCUCGGCAAUCUGUCGUCGGGAGUGCCGCCGUCCUCCACAGGAGUCAAGUCGCUGAACUUGGGUGGAUCAGUCUCCAGGAAUCGAUAUUUCCCCUUGCGCGAUCGCUAUGGAGUGGAUUUGACGCCGCUGAGUUUCAUACCCGGCGGCCGCAUCGAAAAGUAUUUGGGUAACCUGAACUUCUUCUUCAUCAGGGAGAGCACUUCCAUACGGGAGAUUGGCGGCAUUAGUGGAUUUGUCCAUGGGUUCAUCACCGAACUGCUGGCAGUGGUGCGUGCACACAUAGCAUCUUUGGGGGGCAACGCAAUGGUCUCCUUCUACAUCACCGAACUAAUAUUGUUCGAUAAUCAGCACAAGAAUCAGGGCCAGUGUUUGAUUAGCAUCGGGGGCGAUGCCGUUUAUGUGAGCUAUUAUUCUGAUGACUGAUAUAAGCGCCUGAGGGGCAUCUAGCGUUCGUUCUACGCGAAUCGCCCCAAAAGCCUUUAUUACUGAUGCCAACUCUCUCUGUUCGUCUCUCUAUUUACUUCCGCGUUAAACCAAUGCAAACCAAUCACAUUUAUCAAGUACUUACAGCUCUCUCUAUAUAUUGAGAUCUUUAGUGGAUGGAUAGUGGAAAUUCUGUAUGCAAUAUUUGAACUGUGACGAAACGUUCUUUUACUUAACUUAGUAGUGUGAAUUUUUUGGCCCUUGUUAUAAUUGUUUGCUUAAAAAUGUUGUUAGUGUUUAAACAACAAUCGCGAUUUCUGUACAUAGUGGAUGUUUAUUGAAUUUAGAACACGAUACACACGAUACAAGGAUACAAAUACGAUAUAUGAUAUACGAUACGAUAUAUACAACUUGUUGCAAAUCCGAAACAUGACACUUACACUCGUACUCUUGUAGAGCCUCGUUGUAUCUGUACCCCCAAUUUUGGCUGCAGAGUUAAAUACAAUACACACACACAAAUAUUUGCAAAUAAAGCCAUUGCUCAAUUAAAUA